AUGGGACAAGUGCUCUGUGUCGCGCCCUUCGCGUCGGCGCCCUUCGCGUCGGCGCCGUCGUGCGUCUCGAAGGAGUACGAUUCCACGCUGUGGACCUCCAUUGAUCUCAAGGUUGCCAUCGACGAGGCCAACAGCACGUGUGCUGGCCUGGCGAAGAAAGGCGAGCAGCGCGUCAAGUUCCGCAUGGAGGGCGGCGAUGACGCCACUGCCCUGCCCAAGUCUGGCCUGUUCUGGCGCGCCGCCGUCACAAUCAGGCCCUGGCGCCAGUGCGAUGGCGGCGAGGAGGAGGCGAGCGCGCGGCUGCUGUCGCUGCCGGAGUUUGCGCGCACCUACCAGUUUAUCAAGGACACGUGCAACCCGAGCCGCCGCCCCUCUGCGCCCUCCGCCCCGUCAUCCGCUGCCUCCUCCGGCCGCAGCAGCGUGUCCACGGAGUGCACAGACAAAUGUGGCGUGUGCUAUGAGCGAAAGCCAGACACGGUUCUUGCGUGCAUGCACGCAUUCUGCGAGUCGUGCGUCUCAGAGUGGUCUCACGUCGAUGCCACAUGCCCGCUCUGCCGCAAUGCAAUCUCGGAUGAGAGCGAAUGCUUUGUGGACGUGGCGUAUCCGUCCCGUGAGGACCUCAACGCGUACCUCAUCAGCAGCUUCUUUGACUGA